UUACAUUUCGUCGUUGGAAAAAGUACUUAUCUGCAAUAUCUUACAUGCUACUACAUAUGCCCGCGGAUGCUAUAUAACUUCCCGAAAACUUCGAAAACCACAUAACUUAACCAUAACUUAACAACAUUUUCAUUGGCGUAGCUAAGGUAAGAAUUUCUGGAAAGAAUCCCUGGAGAAAUUCUUGAAGAAUUAUUUCCGGAGAACUCUCAAAUGAUGGAAUUUUUGGAAAAAUUCUGGAAUUCAAUUGCAAUGUAUUAAAAAAAUGUCUGGAGCAAUUCCUAGAGUAAUUCUUGGUGCUUUUUCUAGAAAAAUAUCGGGAGGAAACCCUGGGAGAAUUUCGGAAGAGUCUUCUCUGGGUCACCCAAAUAACAUUUAUUGUGAAUGUAAACGUCAACAAAGUGUCCUCAAUACGGCUUGAUGCUGAAUUGUUGUGUUGUACAUAUGGACGGAAGCUUCUAUGCCACCAAGAUAUAGCUCUUUUCUCAGCUCAGCUCUUUUCUAGCUGAAUAACAUCUUGAGAAGGCACUUUUUCAGCCAUUUCACAGUUGUUAAAUAAUAGUUAUACGGCAUCUCCAAAUUAAUUGAUUAAAUAUAAUUAGAAUUAGGUUAUGGAUACCGUGACGCAAUACAUGUGAAACUGAAAUUAUCGCCUUUAAAAUUGAAUAAUUAAAGUACUUUCCAGUAAGUAAAAAGAACAUCGCGUUAAGUACUGUUCCUUUGAAUUCCACUCAGAAUUUGACACUGAAGACGACCUUACAGUUGAGGUCGAAAUACGUAUCCGUCAAAGGAUGCAAAUUUUUAGUGGAAUUCAAAGAAACAGUACUUAACGCGAUUUUCUUUUUACUUACAGAUAUUCCACUAACAAGCCCAGGUUAAUCAUCAUACUUGCCCGUACUUGGAAUCGAACUUCCGAUCUCCGUAUCCACUGGUUACGAUGAUGUCCUCGCUGCCACACUGCUAUAUAUAUACAUAGCAUAGAAAAUAGCCCGUUUUGUUUUACGCCAAACUAGGCUUCAUAAUUGUGCCACAAGAAACCCAACUUCAUCUUGCUGCAAAAGCUUGUGAAACGUCUAACGCAAUAAUGUUUACAUUGAACACGCUGUGUGGUUGCGUCAAAAGUUUCUUCGUCUCAGCUUCCAGCUGAAAGAGUGCUCUUUAAACUGCUACGAUGCGCUGCUGUUUCGUGCAUUUGGCAACUUUACAAAACGUACUGUAUAAAAGCAGCUGUUUUAUUGGCUGAGACUCUUAAUUCGAUUUGCACAUCUUCCGGAGUUGGAUUGAAGUCGAUAUUAAAGUGCAAUGAAACCACCCCCAAUAAUUUCAAAGCACAGAAAUGAAGAGCUGUAAAGUAUUUGUGUAGCAGUUAUAUAUCCCGCUUAAAGUUAUUGUGACAAUAAUCUUUACAUCUGACAAGCCGUGUUGGUCUUGGUAUAGCGGGUACAGCAAGUUUCUUUAUUACAGCUUCUUGAUGCAAUGAUAUCGCAUAAUGGCCUUCAAAGCGCUGCUGGUUUGUGAAUUUCUCAAUAUUACGAAUUGUACUGUAUAGUAGCAGCUGUUUUGUUAGUGGGACUCCUAUUCAAUUUGUUCUAGCUUUCACUUUUUCCGAGAAAUCUUCCGGAGUUGAAUUAUAGUGCCGAAAAUGUCUGAAAGCGCUUCUAGUAUAUAAGUACUGAUAUUUGUAAUGUAAAUUACAGGGGCCUUAAAAGAAUAACAAGAUAUAUUCCUGAAAGAAUUGUAGGACGAAUUUCUGAAGAAACUCCUUUGCAGGAGCUGCAGGGAGUAUUCUUGAAGGAAUUAAUGGAUGGAUUCUUGAAUAAAUCCGUGGAUGAACUCUUUAAAGAUUUCGCGAAAUGAAAGAAUUCCUGGGUGACUUGUUGGAGAAUUUUCUGACUCCUGUAUCCCUCUUAAAGUGUCUUAAAAGUAUUCCAAUAAAAAUCGCUGGAGGAACUCCUCUAGAAAUCCUUUAAGUAAUUCAAAAAAUCGUCUGGCAAUUCUGGAAAAAAUCUUGGGGUAAUCCCUGGAAAAGAUGAUGAACGGAUUUCUGAAGUUUCUGACCGAGCCCCUGAAUAAAUUUUUGCGAAAAUCCAGAGAAGGAUUUCAGAAGGAAUCACUACAAGAAUUCCUGGAGCAAUCCCUGAAAGAACUCCUGGAACAAUCCCUGAAGGGAUUCCUGGAUAAACCGCUAGAGGAAUUCCUGCAGAUAUGCCUGGAGUAAACCCCUUAGGAAUCCCUAGAAGAAUUAAAAAAUAGUAUACCUAGAGGAAUGUAUUAUUUAUUUCCUGCAACUUCAACAACACAGUUACCCAAACUUUUGCUCAAACAGCAUCUAAUUAGGCAAGAAAUCAUAAUACCCUCGCUGUUUGCACCAUUUCGUUGCAGAUACGGAGAAUCAAUCAUCUCACCACACAAAAAUCCAGCUCACUACUUUCAAUCCAGUACUUCACCGAUUGCUUCCUAUUUUUAAGGGAAUCUCUGGAGGAACUUCUGAAAAAAAUCCUGGCGGAGUCCCUGGAAAACAUCCUGGCCAAAUCCCUGGAGAAAUUCGAGGACCGCUAGAGGAAUUCUUGGAAAAAUGCCUGAAGGAAUUUCUGAACAAAUAAUUGGAGGAUUUCCUGGAGGCAUUCAUACAGAAAUUCCUAGACUAAAACUUGGGAGUAUUUUCUCGAUAAAUUUCUAGAGAAAUCCCUGAAUGAAUCCGCGGAGGAAUUCCUAAAAAAAUCCUUGCAGGAAUUCCUUUAUGGAAUACCUGAGGUAAUCCCUGGAGGAAUUCCAGGAGAAAUUCAUGGAGGACUUACUUCAGAAAUUCCUGGAUGAAUUCCUGAAGGGAUCUGUUAAGAAUAGGAUUAAUCUUGUCUCACCCUAAUUGUAAUUCGAUCAGCUAGAUUCUCUCCAAACCACAAUUAAUCUCUUUUAUCAUCUACCCAUCCGAUAGGUCAGCGAAAGCUAACUACGUAUCCCCGAUUGUGCUCUGUGCGUAUUGUAUAGCUAGUAUAGAAUAGCCAGGCCUGCCAGUUCAAUGUAGAUUGUCGAACCGCUAAGAUCAUUGUAUCUCUUCGCAUAAUAAACGUACUCUUUCAAAUCCCGAUACCGAGCCAAUCCUUUGAGGAAUUACUGGAGGAUUCCCUAGAGGAGUUGAAUUCUGGAAGGAAUCCCUGGAGAAAUCCUUGGAAAAAUCCCUGGAGGAAUCCCUUAAGCAAUUUCUGGAGGAACCUCAGGAUGAAUGCCUUGAGAAACUUCUAGACAAAUUCCUGGCAGAAUUUCAGGAGGAGUUCCUGAACAUAUCCCUAGAGGAAUUCUUGGGGUAGUUCCCAGGAAUAAUACCUGGAAGAAUUCAUGGAGAAAUCCCUGAAUGAAAUUCUGGAGAAAUCCCUGGAGAAAUUUCUGAACAUAUUUCUAGAGAACUUUCUGUAAGAAUCUUUAGAGGAAUCUCUGAAAGAAUUUCUAGUAAAUUCCUGGGGGAGUUUGUGAAGGAAUCCCUGGAGAAAUUGCCGUAGUAAUUUCUGGAGGUAUUCCUGGAUCAAUUCCUAGAGAAACUUCUGCAGGAAUUCCUGGGGUAAUUCCUGGUGGAACUCUUAAAUUAAAAUUCUUUUGUUUAUUCAUUACGAUAACCUAUUGGUCACGGUCAAGGAAAUAAAGGUAUUUCUGGAGGAAUUUUUGGAGGAAUGCCUGGAAGAAUCCCUAUAGACAUCCCUGGAGGAACUCCAGAAGGAAUGCCGCGGUCAAGGAAAUCCCCCUAGUAUAAUUGUUACGAUGCCGCAUUAAAAUAAAAUUUAUUUUCUUUUGUGAAUUUUGAACCAGUCUAAAAGUGAACCUGUCUAGCCGUAGCAUAACUGAAGCAUGACAGUUCACGUGCGGCUGUAGUGGUAGGUGGGAAGAGAUAUGAGAUGGAUGAUGUAGAAUAAGAGAUGCAUAAAAACAACAGACAAGAUUCGUAGGAAUAUUUUCGCCAUUGCAAAUUAAUUAAAGUUGAAGUCGACAGUUUUGCUGUUUGUUAGAGUUAUCACAAAUUGAAUUGGAUUAUAAAAAAGAAUUCGGCAAAGUGCAGUGAAUAUUGAUAUAGUAAAAAUCGUAAGUUAAAACCCAGAAAGAGAAGAAACUGUAAUUGAUUAGUGAAGUUACUACUAAUACUGACCAGGCUAUCUCCUCGUAGGUGCCCAAAUAUCAAUAUCCGGUGAAUCCUGAAAUAGGGAAUAUUUCCGAAAAUUACCGCGCCAGAGGAUUCUCUCUCUUCACGCAGCAUACACCAAAUUAGGGUAACUGUCCCAAGUUUGAUCCAACUUGGUUGGAGAAUUAAAAAGGGUAUUCGUGACCGAGGAAACCACUUAUUUGUGAGUAGUUAGUAAUUAAGUUUGAUUAAAUGUGAAUGUUAAAUGUGUUAUUUGCUAAUAAAUUACAGUUAAGCGUUGCUUCAAAAAACCUGAGCCGCUGUAAAAAUCUGGUUUCCCUCUCGGGAACAUUCUUAAAAAUAAGUGACACCCGCGAAGUGAUUCCCGCGUAGUGAAAAGUGUCAAGUGAGGAGUGAAAACCUGCAGCAAGAUGGCUUCCGAUGCAGAAUCCACCCACGACCAAACCAUCAUGGACCUGAUGGCGACUCCGUGCGCCAUCUGUGGCCCGUCUACGCGCGACGAAGUGAUGGUCGGCUGUGACGGAUGCUCGGGAUGGUUCCACAUCCGUUGCGUGGGCAUCGAGGAGGGCAAACUGCCGAAGAAGUGGUACUGCCAAAGCAAGGCCUGUCAGGAGAAGGCCCAGGAGUACCAGCAGAAGCAGAAGGACGCCAAGAAGCAGGCUCGCACCCGGAAAAACGGCAACGAGUCUGACAAAUCCAGCGUCAGCUCUCGCCUAGCUUCGUCUAGCGUGGAAGCGAAGGUGCGAGCGCUAGAGGAGAAGCAGAAGCGCCAGUACGAGGAGAUGGAAGCGGAGCUGCUGCUGCAGAAAAAGGAAAGGGAGAUGCAGCGUGCGUUCGAGCAGCGAAAAAUGGAAUUGGAGCUGCAGAUGCGCGCUGAGGAACAAGAGGAGCAAAGAGCUUGGCAAGCGGAAUUGCUCCAGAAGAAGAAGGAACAGAUUCGGCAGAUGAAGGCGGACCAAGACUCGUUCGAGCUGCAGAUGGCAGCCAUGGAUAAGGAGUUGGCGGAACUGUCGGCUCAAAAAUCCAAACCGGAGCCGAAAGUAGUCGCGGGUGCUUCAAAAGCGGGCCAUUCCGGCAAAGUCGACCAAAAUGUGUUGAAGCUGAGCAAGGCGAACGUGAGGAAGCUAGCGCAAAGCUACGAAAGCUCCGAAGAGGAUGAGGAGGACGACGAUUCCGGCGAUUCGGAUUUGCAGAGCCAGAUUUCGGACUUGUCGAUGGAACGCAAGGCGAAUCUGAAGACGUUCAAGAAAGUGGGAAGUGUCAGCCAAGACGGGCUGGGGCAGCAGCAGACCGGACCGACAAAGGCCCAGCUGGCCGCGAGGAAGGGGUUAACGUACAAACUCCCAAAAUUCUCCGGCAAACCAGCGCAGUGGCCAUUGUUUUUCGCGGCCUACAAGGCGUCCAAUGAGGCCUGUGGUUACAUGAACCACGAGAACCUGAUGCGACUUCAGGAAGCGCUGGAAGGUGACGCUCUGGAACUGGUGUCUGGGCAGUUACUGCUUCCCGAAUCCAUGCCGCAGGUCAUCGAGAAGCUGCGCCGACACUUCGGCCGCCCGGAACAACUGCUCCAAAGCCUGUUGGACAAAGUGAACCGGCUGGAACCCCCGAGGGCGGACAAUUUGUGGAGUUUUGUUCCAUUCGGAAAUACGGUGGAGCAACUCUGUGGCCAUCUGGAGGCCGCGGAUCUGAAGCAGCACCUUGUUAACCCGCUGUUGAUCAAAAGCCUUGUCGCCAAGCUACCAGAUCGAGAGAAGCGGGAAUGGGUCCAUUACCGGAGGGGCCACGAGGAAACAACCUUGCGAACGCUGACGGAUUUCUUAAUGGACAUCGUCGCAGACGCCUGCGAAGCCAACGUGGAUGUCGAGUUCGUGCCCUCUCCGCCGUCCAAAGGAAUUGCACCAUCCAGAAAAAAGAUGCCGAAGGAGAAAGGUGGACUAUACAGCCACAGCGAAGCCAGUGCAUCGGCCGCCAACGCCGGCGAGGAAAAGGUAUUGAAGCCCUGCAAACAAUGUAGGAGGACAGAUCAUCGGCUGCGACACUGCGGCGAAUUCAAGAAACUGCGGUAUGCGGAUCGGCUGAGGCUGGUGAACCGGCAGAAGCUGUGCCACGUGUGUCUGAAUGAACAUGGAGGACAGUGCAAAUUCAAAAUUCGCUGCAACAUCGGUGACUGUCGAGACUUCCACAAUCCGCUGAUGCAUCCGGUCGGAAACACGGUCGGGCUCAGUGCACACAUCCGGACAAACUGCACGGUAUUGUUCCGGAUCGUUCCGGUACAGCUGCACUACGGUGGAAAAACGGUGUCAGUGCUGGCGUUCCUGGACGAAGGUGCUUCCGUCACACUGGUGGAGAAAAAGCUCGCCGACCGUCUGGGCGCGGUCGGAGUACAAGAGCGAUUGACCAUCCGGUGGACGGGAAACAUGUCAAGAGUGGAGGACUCCCGAAGAUUGAGCCUGUGGGCGUCGGGAACAGGCGCAGCCGCCGGCAAGAUGCGGUUGCACACGGUGCACACUGUGGGAAAGUUGAUGCUGCCGCACCAAAAGUUGGAUUCGCAGGAGCUUGCCGCACAGCACGAACAUAUGCGAGGACUGCCCAUUGAGUCGUACGACGGACAGCCGCAGUUGCUGAUUGGGGCGAACAACAUCCACUCGUUCGCGCCGAUAGAAGCGAAGGUGGGUACGCCCAUGGAACCAAUAGCGGUUCGCACUAAAUUGGGAUGGACGGUGUAUGGGCCGCGGCAAACAACCUCGGCGGCGGCCGGUAAUUAUCUCGGCUACCACCAGCAGAUUACCAACGAGGACCUGCACGAGCUGCUAAAAAGUCAUGGUGAACCGGCAGAAGCUGUGCCACGUGUGUCUGAAUGAACAUGGAGGACAGUGCAAAUUCAAAAUUCGCUGCAACAUCGGUGACUGUCGAGACUUCCACAAUCCGCUGAUGCAUCCGGUCGGAAACACGGUCGGGCUCAGUGCACACAUCCGGACAAACUGCACGGUAUUGUU